GUCAGUGUCUCUCGCGUGUUCGCACGGGGAACAUCGCUCGCGCGUCUUCGCCAAGGCCCAUUCCGGCGAGUCCUCGGGCUUUCCCAUUAACGACGAGGAUAUUCGCGGACGGUGAGAGGAGAAUUCGGCUCCUCGCGCCCGGGCCGAGCCGCGUCGUCCCCGCCCGGCUAAAUGAGAGUCCCUCGCGGAUAGUACGAAAACACUCGGUCCUCUUCUCUCCCAUUCCUUUCCUCUUCCGCGUCCGUCCCUCCUCUCUUCACCCCUUUGUUUACCUGUCCGACGCAGAUCGCGAGUGCACGAUUCGCGGACGCGUUUCGUAAUUACCCCGGAGAAUGGACAUGGCCGACCGUUUCUGGAGACUGGCCCUGUGCUGGAUAUGCAUCGUCGGGCUCGCAGGCGCCAACGUGCAAAGCAAAGUAAGAUGUACCAAGCAAUUGAUGGAAGUGGAUAUAGUGAGGAGUAGUCCGCAGGCGAAGAUAUAUCUCCAGCAAUUCAAGCAUUUUCCGGACGAGGCUUGUAAGCCGCAGUUUCACGAUGGCGUAGCCACGUUUAAAUUAUCGCUGCUGGAACAGGACAUGUUACGGUGCGGCAUUACAAGAGUCGUCAACAAAGUCACGGGUCAGAAGAUGUACUAUCAUCGGGUAAUAGUGGAGGAACCUGCGGAUUCCAGCAAACACACGUUCACGGUGAAAUGCGUAAUCACCGAAGUUGUCGUGGAGCCUGAAAUCACCGUCGCGGCCAAUCACACGGCGGUACGGCGGAGCGUUCUUCCGGCGGGCUUUCAGGAACCUGAAGUGAUCGACAUACGUGAGGAAAUUUCGGGAGCGGCACCAGUUCCGAUCCUCGGCGUCGGAGUAAGGCAGGGUGGAGCUUUGGUGACCGGCGAGCUCAACGUCAGUCCCGGUACGCCGUUGCAGAUGGAAAUAUUUUUGGACAACGAUUCAGCGCCGAUCUACGGUCUGCUGGUGACUUACAUGUUGGUCACCGACACCAAAACGCAGGAGGAAACGAUUAUUAUUAACGGGUGCUCCGUUGAUCCUUACUUGUUCGAAAAUUUCAACACCGUGGAUGGCGACUUCCUGACGGCGAAAUUCCGAGCCUUCAAGUUCCCGGAAAGCACCUACGUUCAGUUCCGCGGCACCGUUAACGUCUGCUUGGAUAAGUGUCCAGGGAUCGAAUGCAGCAACGGGCAAAUCGGUUUCGGCAGGAAAAGACGCGCCAUUGAGAUGUCAAGCACCGACAAGAAUAAAUUGUUCGAGGUAACCAUGUCGACAUUCAUCAAGGUCGAUUCCGCGGAUGACGUCACGAUCGAUCAAGUGCUUUCGGGAUUCAUCAGGAAAGGAAAGAACAGGACGCACACGAAGGAAAGGGCGGUGAUCGCUGAAGAAAUCAGGGAGCAGUCCGAUCCGACGACAAUUAAGACGCACGAAAGAGCGUUUCUCGCGGAAGAGAUCAAGGAACAGUUUAAAUACAAAGUCACCGAGGUGGUACUCAAUGGUUCCUCGUGUAGUGCGCUGAGCUUGUCUCUCCUUUUGGUCCUUCUUUGCUUCUACAAACUGCUGUAGAAGAUGAGAUUCGUGUUUCCUGACAAAAAGAUUGCUAACUGUAAAUAAGACGCAGUCUGAGAUAUGUUAAAAACAUGAAGGAAAAGUAAGAAGUAUUGCUUCUGGGAAUGAUAGUUAACUUGCUCACUAAUAAUAAUCGAGAGAUUUCGAUCGUCAUAACAGCAGAUCACUAAUUAUAUAGCGGUGAUCAGACAGUGUAUAAUCAAAAUAUGCCUUGAAUGAAAUUUGAUUUAAAAUAACGAUAUUUCAAAGUAGCGCGUAAUUUCCUCAAGAGGAAACUUGUCUUCAUUGUAAAAUUGCCGUCCAUGUUAAAGUACUUAUGCGUGAUAUUGAAAAUAUGUUUAACGAGAAUCGAAUGUUAGGCGACAAAUUCGAUAAAAUUUAAAUUAUCGAAUUUGGAAUUAAAAAAAAGUUUAAAUAAUGGAUUACCUAUCUUGGCGCUAACAUAAUAAACAGUAACAUAUGUAUAUGAUUUCUCCGCUCUGCGACCGCCGAAUUUUCAAUCGCAACGUUUCAGUUUUUAGUUUUAUUAUAUCUUUUUUUAAUUAUAUAACGUAAGUAACUGCCGUAUCUCUUGAUAGAGUGACUGCCAAAAGAAAAUUGGCCUUUGCGAGCGGAGAAAGACGAAGACCUAGUCGUGCGACGAGGUGUAAUAUUAAAAUGCGACUUAAUUAUUUACUAAGUAAUUAUUAAUUGUGUAUUUGUAAUCUCAGUUUAAU